UAACAAGUAACCACCGACUCUAAGAUUGGAUUAUACAAAAAUAGAAAUCUGGUCUUCGUUUCAAAGCUGAAGACUCUCCUUCUUGUCCUUCAAUGGCUGACCCCUGUCACCGACCACCGACACCGAGAGGAACAACGAAGACGACAACAUUCUCAGUCUUAACCACAAGAAACAGGGUGACUUUCGCUUUUACUUUCACUAUUGUUUUCGUCAUUGGUUUGACAGCUUUCUUAUUUCUCAACCCAUCUUCUUUCUCUUCUACUCGCCUUCAAAGCUUCUUCAAAAGUUCUUUUUACGGAUCCAACUUUUCCUCCCAUUUCUUUCACUUUCUCCCCAAUUCUUCCCAACCCAAUCACUACACACUUCCCCUUUCUCAGUUCCGGGAAAACCCUUUUCAGAUUUCCAAGGAAUCUGAAAGAUUUCAUGGAGAAAAUGAUUUUUCUUUUUCAAGUGAAGUUUUCAAUGGAAAAGAUGGAUCAUUUAAAAGUGAAGACAGUGCUAAUGAAACUAGCAGCCAUGGAACCCCUUCUCAGCAUGAUGGAAGCAUUGAUGAGCUACUUGAGAAGCAAAGGAAGGGAAAUUUGGUGGAAGUUAUAAAUCAGUGUAGAAUAUUUGAUGGGAAAUGGGUGAGAGAUGAAUCUUACCCUCUAUAUCCCCCAGGGUCUUGUCCAUAUAUUGGUGAGUCUUUCAAUUGUUUUGUUAAUGGUAGGCCUGAUAGGGGCUAUGAGAAGUACAGAUGGAAACCCAAUGGAUGCAUCUUGCCAAGAUUGAAUGGCAAACAUAUGCUGGAAUUAUUGAAAGGGAAGCAUGUAGUUUUCGUUGGUGAUUCACUCGGUCGGAAUAUGUGGGAAUCUCUGAUUUGUGUCCUUAAAAACUCUGUUGACGAUAAAAGCAGUGUUUUCGAGGUCUCGGGUAGGGAGGAAUUUGGAAAAGUGGGUUCUCACUCCAUUGCAUUCAAAAGUUGGAAUUGCUCUAUUGAAUACUUCCGAUCUGCAUUUCUAGUUCAAGAAUGGGAAAAUGUCGGGAGAGACGGAUCAAAGAAGGAAACACUCAGAAUUGAUACGAUCGAUCAAUCAUUUAAUAAGUACAAAAAUGCCGAUAUUCUCGUUUUCAAUACCGGACAUUGGUGGACUCAUGAUAAAACUAAGAAGGGGAACGGUUACUAUCAAGAGGGGAACACCAUCUAUGAUCGAUUGAAUGUUAAAGUAGCGUUCCGAAAAGCUUUGGCUACAUGGGCGAAAUGGAUAGAUACUAAUAUAGAUUCUAUGAAGACCCUUGUUUUCUUCAGGGGCUUUUCUGCCUCACAUUUCAGGGGUGGAAGGUGGAAUUCUGGCGGGCAAUGUGACGGUGAAACUGAACCUAUCACAAAUGAGAAGUACUUGAAGAAAUAUCCGUCAAAGAUGCGGAUUUUUGAGUCAGUGAUAAAUGGCAUGACUACACCGAUCUUGUAUCUUAAUGUUUCUAGAAUGACUGGCUUCCGGAAGGAUGCCCAUCCGUCAAUUUACAGGAAGCAGAACUUAACUGAGGAAGAGAAAAGUUCACCUACUAGAAUCCAGGAUUGCAGCCACUGGUGCCUUCCUGGUGUUCCCGAUACUUGGAAUGAGCUAGUGUACGCUCAGCUCCUUAUCAAACAUGAUCGUGAUCGGCAACAACUUCUGAAUCAAGGACAAGAACAGAGAAAAUCCUAGGUAAAACUAAUGCAAUGGAACUUUUUAAAUCAGUGUUUAGUCCCCAGCUUUGUCUUGAUUGAUUUGUGUAUGUUCUAUUCAUAGGUGUAAAGUUCGAGUCGGAGAAGUGAAACAAUGUCAUUCUUUGGAGAGGAAAAACCGUAAAAUCUGUAAAUUUUAAUUGUUCACAAGUUUUUUACGAGUUUUG